AUGGAUGCAGUUAAUAAAAUAAGUCAAGAUUCAUCGGAACAUGGAUUUGCUGAGGCUAGCAUGGGUGCUGCUUCUAGCGAGAAGGACAUUGUUCAUGAGCGAUCUGGAAAUCUCAGCGAGGAACUCCAGUCUGCUCGUCAAAAUAUCAAUACACCAGUUCUUCGUACAUCAACUGAGAACGGAGAUUUCGAGAAGACUAAGCUACUUUUGGAAAAAUCCCUAAGUAAAGUAAAUGAUAUAGAUGAUCGUGGGUGGUGUGCUUUACAUAUUGCGGCGGAGAAAGGAGAUCUCCGCAUUUUCCAGCUUCUCACAGAUAAAGGAGCUAAUCCCUCAUUAUGCCAUGACAAUUUAAAAGACGUAGAUGAACAAGGAUGGAAUGCUACACAUUUUGCUGCACAAGGAGGGGAUAUUCGUAUUUUACAACUUCUAACAGACAAAAUGUUAUCUCUCAAAGAAACAACUCAUGAAAAAUGUACUAUACUCCAUAUUGCAUGUAGCAAUGCCAGAUACGAUAUGUGCAAACACAUCCUACAUGAUGUCAACGAAUGGGGGUGGAAUGCUGCACACUAUGCUUCCCAGGGAGGAGAUGUUCGUAUUUUACAGCUUCUUGCUGAAAAGGGUGUCUCCAUUAAGGGGACCACAGAAGACAAAUGUACUAUUCUUCGUGUUUCGUGUAGUAAUGGAAAUUAUGAGAUGUCCCAAUACAUACUGUCAAAGUAUCCUGAAAUGAUAGAUAGUGUCAACGAAUUUGGUUGGAGGACUCCACAUUAUGCUGCAAGAGGAGGAAACAUUAAUAUUUUACAGCUUCUGAUAGACAAAGGAGUCUCUCUAAGUGUAACCACACACAACAAAGAAACCUUACUGCAUAUUGCUUGUUUGUAUGCUAGAUACGAGAUAUGUAAGUAUCUACUGUCAGUAUUCCAGGACAACCUACAAGACAUGGAUGCGCGAGGAUGGAAUGCUGCACAUUUUGCUGCACAAGGAGGAGAUGUUCGCAUUUUACAGCUUCUUGCUGACAGAAAUCUAUCUCUUAAAGAAACAACAUAUAACAAGUGUACCAUACUUCAUAUUUCAUGUAGUUAUGGCAAAUACGAUAUGUGCAAAGGCAUACUGCAAGUGCUUUCUGAAAUCCUACAUGAUGUCAGCGAAUGUGGAUGGAAUGCUGCACAUUAUGCUGCAGACGGAGGAAAUAUGCAAAUAUUAAACUUACUCUCUCAAAGUGGACUCAAAAUUUGA